AUGGGAGCUUGCGGAUCAAGUGAAUCUCGGAGAACAGACACAGCGAAGCUAAUAUUACCAGACGGAGCGUUACAUGAGUUUACAUCACCUGUAAAAGUGUGGCAGAUUUUUCAAAAGAAUCCCACGAGUUUUGUUUGUAACUCAGACGAUAUGGACUUCGACGACGCAGUUAUAGCAGUCGGUGGCAGCGAGGAUCUCCGGCCUGGAGAGCUUUACUUUGUUUUACCAUUAACAUGGUUGAAAUAUCCAUUAAGGGCAGAACAAAUGGCUGCUUUGGCGGUUAAAGGGAGCUCCGCGCUUACCAAAAGUGGUUGGAGUUGUGGCGAUGAUGGUGAUGCGAGAAAGGUCUCUGGUGGUGAUGUCAAUGGUAAUGUUCAGUAUAUACCUUUGGAAGAGAGGCUACAGCACAAAUUUAUACAGACACGACUAAUACCCUAG